AACACAUUAUGGCAAUACAAACUCUACAUUCAUUCUCCUCGCCGCUAUUGUUGAUAUGAUUAUCAUGUUCUUAUUUUUCUAGCUACAGAGACUGUUAACUGACGUACUCAGUUCAGAGGCAGUAAGAGACCGGACAAUGCGUUGCGGUAGACCGGGAUAACGCUAAAAUUCAGAUUCUUCCCUUCACAUCCCCACAAUCGGAACAAAGGUCGUUCCUUGCCGCCCAUUGGUCAGAAUUCAGCCGAGGCAGAGGGCGCGUAACUGCUUGGAUGCGAAACGAAACUAGUUAGGUUGACGUUUCAGUUUAAGAAAACUGCAAAAGAAAGGUGAUAAGUUAAACGUGUCUACGCAGUCCAGCAAGUCUACAGUUGUCAAGAAACUCCACUAAGGCUACAGACACAAUGGCUUCUUACAGGCGGCGCUUUGGGUGGCAUAGCCAUCCUGAGGUCGAUAUCUUUACCGACCGCUCUGAGUCGAGCGCAGAGUCUCUUUCGCAGGCGAUCCGGGCAGCGGCGUCCGAGGAGCCAGAUGCCGAUGGCAGCGUGCUGUUUGGUCAGCUGCAGGGCAGCGUGGUGGGGAUUCGGUAUUACACUGGAGUGGUUAACCCAGGGGAAAUGGUUGCCUUGGUGCGCCAGCCAAAUAACCCCUACGACCGCAAUGCAGUGAUGGUUACAAACGCGGAUGGAAACCAGGUGGGCCACAUAAAGAAGGAGCUCGCAGCAGCCAUGGCCGUUGUUAUGGACAGCAACCUCGUUAAAGUUGAAGGGGUGGUCCCGUAUCGGACCAACAACGCCUUCAACAUGCCUGUGACUCUGUCCUUUUGGGGAACCAAGGAAAACAAUCCCAUCUUCAAGCAACGCAUGGCCGUGCACGGCUUCAAGUUUAACUCCGAUGUCGCAAUGACUACAAGUUAUGGCUCGCAAGGUGGACGUGCACGGCUGCCUAAAAAACCUGUGACCACCCCGCUGUCAGCCGAGGAGCUGAAGAAUGCGUUUGACGAUCUCUUUGACGUCCUGGUGGAGAGUAAAGAUGGAGAGAAGGAAGCUUCCGAGUUGGUGAGCACGUCACUCAUGCCCCACCAGAAGCAGGCCCUGUCCUGGAUGUGUGCCUGCGAGAACAGCUCCAAGCUCCCCCCCUUCUGGGAGGAGAGGGGGGGGCUCUAUUACAACAGCCUCACCUUCUUCUCUGCCAAGGAGCGGCCACAGAGGGUCCGGGGGGGCAUACUGGCAGACGACAUGGGCUUGGGUAAAACUCUGACCACCAUCGCCCUGAUCCUCACCAACUUCCACCAAGGAAUGCCUCUUCCAGUGAAGAGAUGUGAAGGGCUGACUGAAACGGCCCCCUCCAGAUCUGAAGGACGUGUGGACAGCACAAUAGUAGGCGGCGCACCCAGUGGUUCCAGACGGCCUCACAGUCCCCAGGUGGUGGAGACGCCAGCUGAAACCCAGGAAGUACCGAUUGUGAGCAAAGACGGGAAGAAGAAAAGGCCCAGUGUGAUGCUUGAAGACCUAGACUUUGCGACAGUGCUGGGAGGACCAACAACUGGCACAAAACCAAAGAACAAGAGAGCCGCUAAGAGAGCCGUUCCCAAAGAUGAAGACCCAGACUUGGUGUGUGAAUCAACAUCUGGCGCGAAAACCAAGAAUAGAGUGCAGCGUGCAGCGAAGAAGGCCGUUGUUCCCAAAGAAGUUGCGGAGCCCUGCAUCAAAGAAAGCGCAGCGGAGCUCUCAGCCAGAGCUACACUCAUCAUCUGCCCGCUUUCUGUGCUGAGCAACUGGCUGGACCAGUUUGAGCAGCACGUGCAUGCCGACGUGCAGCUCAACGUCUACUUGUACUACGGGCCAGAGCGCAACAGAAGCGCGUCCUUCCUGGCCUCCCAGGACGUGGUGCUGACCACCUACAACGUCCUCGCUGCCGACCAUGCUGUGGCCAUCCCAAAGAAUACGAGUCCCCUGCAUGCGGCCCAGUGGCUUCGGGUGGUGCUGGACGAGGGUCACAUGAUACGGAACCCCAACACCCAGAUGGGCAGGGCCGUGCUGCAGCUCCAAGCUCAGCGCCGCUGGAUCCUCUCAGGAACUCCCAUCCAGAACAGCCUGAAGGACCUAUGGAUGCUGCUGGCCUUUCUGCGCCUCAAGCCCUUCGACAUCAAGGAGUGGUGGAACCGAAUCAUCCAGAGGCCGGUUUCCCAGGGUGACCGUGCUGGCCUGUCCAACCUCCAGACCAUAGUCCGGUGCAUCACGCUGAGGAGGACCAAGAGCAGCACUGUCGACGGGCGCCCCCUGGUGGCCCUACCCGAGAAGAUGGUCUGCAUGGAGCAGGUGGAGCUGACGCAGCAGGAGAGGGACGAGUACGAGCUGGCCCGCCUGGAGGGACAGGGCACCAUCAGCAGCUACAUGGCUGUGGGCACAGUGCUGAGUAACUACGCCGAUGUGCUGGCCAUCCUGAUGAGGCUGCGGCAGCACUGCUGUCACCCUGACCUCCUGGCCAGGAUCACCUCCGACCUGACGGGUGGUGCUGGGACGCCGGCGGAGCUGCGGGAGCGCCUGGUGGAGAAGCUGCGGAGCGUCCUGGCCAGCGGCUUUGACGAGGAGUGCGCCGUGUGUCUGGAGUCGGUCCGGCUGCCCGUCAUCACGCCCUGCGCGCACGUUUACUGCCGGCCCUGCAUCGCCAAGGUGGUCGCCAGCGAGCAGGAGGGGGCGCGCUGCCCGCUGUGCCGGAGCCCCUUCUCCAUCAGCCAGCUGGUGGAGGUCCCCCCGGAGGAGCUGGACGGGGAGGACAACGGGGCCCACGGGGAGGGGUGGAGGACCAGCUCCAAGGUGGAGGCACUGCUGGGAAACCUAGUCCGGAUACGCUCUGAGGACAGCAGCAUCAAGAGUCUGGUGGUCUCUCAGUUCACACGCUUCCUGAGCAUACUGGAGACCCCACUCAGAGAGCAGGGCUUCAGUUUUGUGCGUCUGGACGGGACCCUGAGCCAGAAGAGGCGGGCCCAGGUGAUCCAGGAGUUCCAGAGCUCCGCCCCCGACAGCCCCGUUGUGAUGCUGCUGUCUCUGAGGGCGGGAGGGGUGGGGCUCAACCUGACUGCAGCCUCUCGCGUCUUCCUCAUGGAACCGGCCUGGAAUCCCGCGGCUGAAGAGCAGUGCAUCGAUCGCUGUCACCGCAUGGGCCAGACACGCAAGGUUUUUGUCACCAAGUUCAUAGUGAAAGACUCGGUAGAAGAGAACAUGGUCAAAAUCCAGAGGGGGAAGCAGGACCUGGUGGAGAAGGCCUUUGGCUCGAAAAACACUGACAGGAAAGCGUCUCGCAUUGAUGACAUCAGAGCCCUGAUGGAUCUGUAGGCGGUGGGCGGAGCCAAUGGCCCUAACUUAUGUUGUUAGUUUUUCUCAACGGGUGUUCCUCAUUGUUUCAUUUGUAAUUUGAAAUGUAGCUGUUACUUUAUUUGUGCAGUACUAUUUCUGUAAAACAUGGCCUUUCUGCCAUUGUUAUUAUUCUAAAGCGUACUGUACAGUGUUAUCUAGCAGACUGUCGUUUUUCUUUCUUUCUUGACUCCCAUUUGUUUUAAGCCAUACAAGGGUGUAAUAAUGUAUUUGAAACAUACUGUGAUUUCAAUUAACCUACCGUAGUUUAAAGGAAACAAGAGUUGUGUGUUCAUAAGCCAAUUCAAAAUGUCUGGUUGAAUAUUUCUUCUUUCGAUUUACCAGAACAAUGCACACCAGAUUUUUCUAUUCAACUUCAUUACUUGGUUUGGAAAAAUGAUCUAACUAUGUUCCAUUUCACCACAUGUACGCCAACGUGCAAUAAACGUUCAUGAAAACAG